GAAGAUCGUGCCUGCACAUGCGCAGUCUGUACACGUGGAUACGGUCCAGUGUUGGUGAAGAUGGCUGCGCCCAUAGACCUGGAGCUGAAGAAGGCAUUCUCGGAGCUGCAGGUGAAGAUGAUCGACACGCAGCAGAAGGUCAAGCUGGCCGACCUGCAGAUCGAUCAGCUGACCCGAGUCCAGAAACACGCUAAGCUAACUCACGCUGAGAUCACCACGCUGCCCGACAACACGAGACUCUACGAGGGAGUCGGACGCAUGUUCAUUCUUCAGUCAAAGGAGGAGAUCAAUAAUCAGCUGAUGGAUAAACAGAAAACAGCUGACGAGAAGAUCAAAGAGCUCGAGCAGAAGAAGGUGUACCUUGAACGCAGCGUGAAAGAAGCUGAAGACAACAUCAGAGAGAUGCUGCUGUCCAGAAGAGCUCAGUGAUCAAUAAUCAAUAAUGUCAUAGUGACUUCCUGUUUCUUGUGUAUGUUAGUUGUUCAUAUUAAAAUG